AUGGAAGACAUCUUCAGAGCAUCUUAUAACGAGAUCGAAUACCUGAAAGCAUACUUCGGUCACAUACAAAGUCCACACAUCCAACAGAGCUUCGAGGCUGAGAUACUGCACCCGAUCGAAGAAUUCCAGAUCCUUGUAACGAAGGAAUACACCUUGUUAUUCAAAGAUGCAUUUCCUCAUCGGAUCAACGAGGCUGCUGGGCUUCCAGAGCCGCAGCGCAGACGGGCCCGCAACGGGGUGAUCCGGCUCCUUCGGAAGCUUGACAUGCUGAAUUGGAACAUCACCGCGUGGGCCCACCGCAAUGCUAUGAUUGAUCUACAGCAGACGGACACCCGCGAGAAGAUCUUGAUGCAAGGCGAGGGGAUCUGGGCUCGACGGUUCAGGAGCAUUAAGGCGGAGAUCGAUGCCGUGUUGGAACAGUUCUCAUACCGUGGACAUCCACUUCAAUAUGUGGGAAGUCUGAAGCACGGGAUCCGAGGAUCCCAUAAGGGCAAAUCGGCCAUCAAUAUCGACGACUUCGAUGUCGACCUCUUUGUGGCACAUGCAGAGGAGUGGCACAGACACCUGCCAGCGAUACAGGAAAAAUUCCCGCAGCAUUUCAGCAAUGGAAAAAUAUACCCCUUAGGAACCCAUAUGCAUGAGUUACAGAACCUCAGCCAUGCGGUGGGCUACGCAUUGGCUGCGAAUCUUAGGGGCAAGGUCAAAAACUCAUGGAGAUUUAUUGGGCAUACGGAGAUCGUGCUUCGCGAAAUAGACAAAUAUUAG